AAGCAGCACGAGCAUCUGAAUACGUUCCGGCGUACUCGGGCGUACACAGUUGUAGACAGUCAGCUUCAAAUCACAAGUACUUUCAACGUUUCAGCAGUACUACUAGUACUGCUGCUGCCAGCUAGGCACAAUUCUGUACUUCGACAGCACCGUCACCUCAAUUCGUGGCAGAGACCUGGCAGUGUCUGUGCAACCUCCCCAGCAAUGCCUCCCGCGAAGUCGAAGACGCCUCCAGUGGUGCUGUAUCACUAUGACGCAUCCCCAUUCGCAGACAAGAUCCGCAGCGUCCUCAUCCUAAAGCGGAUCCCACACAGCCGAGUCGAGGUCUCGUACAUCCUCCCUCGUCCUGAACUCUCAAACCUGCUGGGUAUCACCUACCGCCGCAUACCCGUGCUGGCCAUCGGGAACGACGUAUACUGCGACACUAGCCUCAUAUCCACGGCCCUCGAGCGUCGUUUCCCUGCGACCAAGAGCUACUCUCCGUCCGCGCGCGGGACCAUAUUCCCUCCGAGGAAUGGCAGCAGCAAGAUCGUGAAAUCGGACAAGGCGUUCAUCAGGGCGUUUGCGACGUACUACAUCGAGGGCCAGAUAUUCGCUCCCAUAUCGCUGCAUGUGCCCUAUGAGAGGAUGCCUGCGGAUUUUCUGCAAGACAGGGGCCAGAUGCUCGGCGCGCCCAUUGACGUCGCAGCCUUGGCAGCGAAGCGCGAGGAGUCGAAGAGCAUUCUCGCGUCACAUCUGGCUCUACUAGAAGAACAGCUCGCCGAUGGCAGAGAGUGGCUCAUGGACACCGCAGGACCUAGUCUUGCUGAUGUUUCCGGCCAUUUCCUGGUGGCAUGGAUGCUCAAAUUCAGGACUUCUCGCGACCUCCUCGACCCAAGCCUCUUCCCUAAAGUUGUCAUAUGGUUCUCCCGCAUGUCCGCGUUUCUGGACAGUCAGAAGGACUUCUCGCCGUUCGAGAAGAACAGCGCGGACGCGGCCGCCAAGACCAUCGUCUCUGCUCAGCCGGAAGACCUGUCCGCCGUCGGGUUUAUAGAAGCGGAGGCGCGCCGCCUCGGUGUCAAUCACGGUGACACUGUGUCGGUCAUACCCACAGACAAUGGUCGUGUACCAACGGUCGGCAAGCUGCUUGCCCUCAAUCGCGAGGAGGUUGUGAUCGAGACAGUGGGAUCGGCUGGCGUUGUUCGCUGCCACUUCCCUCGGCUCGGGUUCUCAGUCAAGGCAAGACAACCGGCGGCGAAGCUGUAAGCUAGCUGUAUACUUAAUAUCUGUAUUGACUGUCGUAGGGGCUAUCUGGAUGGGAUAUUAUAUCAUUACGUUUCUCACUGCGA